GCUUCUUCCAGUCUUCUAGUCUCAGCCUCGCAGCGGCCGGACAACUAACUCACACUUAGACUUAACUUAACUUAACUUACACGGCGCGUGUUUGCCUCCAACGUGGCGGACUCACACUUCAUAACCCCGACGAUGUUCCACGGCACGUUGAGGUUUUCCACCGCCGGCUUUAGCGCACAGUGGAGCCGAGACAACAACUUUGUCCAACUUUGGCUGCUAACUGAAGCUAAGUAAAGCUAACUGAUGCUAACCGAUGCUAACCCCGCCAGCCGCACGUCUUAAGUGCCGUGAGAAAGUCGUCCUGACGCCGCCAACUGAAAGAAGGGCUCAUUUUUUCCGCCAGACUGCGGUGGAGCGUCAUUGAAAGUGGACUUUAAAAGAGGGAAAGGCUGCUGGAAGCAGACGGGGCAGGUGCACCUUCCUCCUCCCCCGCGGCACCUGCUGCUCCUCGCUGUAGCUUGCUAGCGUUAGCAUCGGAGAAGUCACGACUUACUUUACUUUUGCACGUUUUGCCCUCCAAGUGUUCUUUUUAACACUUUAGAGCAGACGGGGAGAGUUUGCAACUUUUCGGCUGCAGCUUUGUCCUCCCCGGGCAAGCGGAUAGACUUCCAGCCCGUCGGGACGCUCCCCGCCUCGCGGAGGGACUUUGGCCAGGUAGGGACUUGACUUUGGCCAGGUAGGGACUCCCCUUUCAAAGCCGACUUUGGCCAGGUAGGGACUCUCCUUUCAAAGCUGACUUUGGCCGGGUAGGGACUCCCUUUUCAAAGCUGACUUUGGCCAGGUAGGGACUCCCCUUUCAAAGCUGACUUUGGCCAGGUAGGGACUCCCCUUUCAAAGCUGACUUUGGCCAGGUAGGGACUCUCCUUUCAAAGCUGACUUUGGCCGGGUAGGGACUCCCCUUUCAAAGCUGACUUUGGCCAGGUAGGGACUCUCCUUUCAAAGCUGACUUUGGCCGGGUAGGGACUCCCCUUUCAAAGCUGACUUUGGCCAGGUAGGGACUCUCCUUUCAAAGCUGACUUUGGCCGGGUAGGGACUCUCCUUUCAAAGCCGACUUUGGCCAGGUAGGGACUCCCCUUUCAAAGCCGACUUUGGCCAGGUAGGGACUCCCCUUUCAAAGCUGACUUUGGCCAGGUAGGGACUCCCCUUUCAAAGCUGACUUUGGCCGGGUAGGGACUCUCCUUUCAAAGCUGACUUUGGCCGGGUAGGGACUCCCCUUUCAAAGCCGACUUUGGCCAGGUAGGGACUCCCCUUUCAAAGCCGACUUUGGCCAGGUAGGGACUCCCCUUUCAAAGCUGACUUUGGCCGGGUAGGGACUCCCCUUUCAAAGCCGACUUUGGCCAGGUAGGGACUCCCCUUUCAAAGCUGACUUUGGCCGGGUAGGGACUCCCCUUUCAAAGCUGACUUUGGCCAGGUAGGGACUCCCCUUUCAAAGCUGACUUUGGCCGGGUAGGGACUCUCCUUUCAAAGCUGACUUGGGCCGGGUAGGGUCUCCCCUUUCAAAGCCGACAUCUGAUACAACAACAUGCUUUUUCUAAAAGUCACUUUUUGGCUUUUGUGAUUGAACCCUAUGCUGUCAUUACGGCCACCGAGCAAUGGAUGUCUCGCAGGCCGCUUUCCCAAACGGUGAAGGGCGGCCGGGCGGGGAGCAUGCCUGGACGGAUUGUCACUCGGCGCCGCUGUGCCCCACUCACACCCUGUGGACGGCCGCCUACGACUACGAGGCCAGCGGCGAGGACGAGCUCAGUCUGCGCACCGGGGAUGUGGUGGAGGUCCUGUCCAAGGACGCCGCCAUCUCCGGGGACGAGGGCUGGUGGACGGGGAAGAUCAACCACCGGGUCGGCAUCUUCCCCUCCAACUACGUCACCUUCCAGCCGGCCAUUUACCGCCUGCCCGUCGCCAGCGUGCGGGAGCGCAUCCCCAGCUCGCCCGUCCAGAUCCCCUUCAGCGAGCUGGUGCUGGAGGAGAUCAUCGGCGUCGGGGGCUUCGGCAAAGUCUACCGGGGCACGUGGAAGGAGCAGGAGGUGGCUGUGAAGGCGGCCCGGCAGGACCCGGACGAGGACAUCAUGGCCACGGCGGCCAGUGUCAAGCAGGAGGCCAAGCUCUUCUCCAUGCUGCAGCACCCCAACAUCAUCAAGCUGGAGGGCGUGUGCUUGGAGGAGCCCAACCUGUGCUUGGUCAUGGAGUACGCCCGAGGGGGCACGCUGAACCGGGUGUUGACCGGCAGGCGGAUCCCCCCGCACAUCCUGGUCAACUGGGCCGUGCAGAUUGCCCGGGGGAUGCACUACCUGCACGAGGAGGCCGUGGUGCGCCUCAUCCACCGCGACCUCAAGUCCAGCAACAUUCUCUUACUUGAACACAUUGAGAACGACGACAUCGGCAGGAAGACCUUGAAGAUCACAGACUUCGGCCUGGCCAGGGAGUGGCACAGAACCACCAAAAUGUCGGCAGCGGGCACCUACUCCUGGAUGGCCCCCGAGGUCAUCAAGUCGUCUCUCUUCUCCAAAGGCAGUGAUGUCUGGGGCUAUGGAGUUCUGCUGUGGGAGCUGCUGACUGGAGAAGUGCCUUACCGAGGAAUAGACGGCCUGGCUGUUGCUUACGGUGUGGCGGUCAACAAGUUAACUCUACCCAUCCCCUCCACCUGCCCACAACCCUUCGCCAAGCUCAUGGAAGAGUGCUGGGACCAGGACCCCCACGUGCGGCCCUCCUUCUCCUGCAUCCUGGAGCAGCUGUCGGCCAUCGAGGAGGCGGUGAUGGCCACCAUGCCGCAGGACUCCUUCCACAUCAUGCAGGACGACUGGCGUGUGGAGAUCCAGGAGAUGUUUGACGAGCUCAGGACCAAAGAGAAGGAGCUGCGUUCCAGGGAGGAGGAGCUGACCCGGGCCGCCCUGCAGCAGAAGUCCCAGGAGGAGGUGCUGAAGAGACGUGAGCAGCAGUUGGCAGAGCGAGAGAUCAACGUGUUGGAGAGAGAGCUCAACAUCCUCAUCUUCCACAUGAACAAGGACAAGCCCAACGUCAAGAAGAGGAAGGGCAAGUUCAAACGCUCCCGCCUCAAACUCAAGGACGGAAACCGCAUCAGCUUACCCUCAGACUUCCAGCACAAGAUCACAGUGCAGGCCUCACCUUCCAUGGACAAGAGGCGGAGCCUUCACAGCACAAGCUCCUCCCCUCCCAGCAGUCCCACACUCAUUCCCCGCCUACGAGCUAUUCAGCUCACACAGGAUGACAGCAAGCGUACGUGGGGUCGCAGCGCCCUCUUCAGGCCGGAGGAGUUUGAGGACGUGAGGAAGGGCAUCAAGAAGAAAGGGAGGACUUGGGGUCCCAGUUCUGUGCAGACCAAGGAGAGGCCGGCCGCCACUGAGAGAGUGCGUCCUCUCUCUGACGGCAGCAACCCCUGGUCUACUAGUCUCAUCAAGUCCCACAAGUCUGUCCCUCUGGCCGCACUCUUUGCGGAACAAGCAGGGGGCGGCAAGGAGGAGGAAGGUCCUGACAAACCAAAGCAGCUGAAGUUCCCCAACCAGGUGUACAUCCAUCUACCUCUGUGGCGGGACGAGCUGGCAGACGCUCCCUCGUCUCCAGGCCAGACGGAGAGUUCUGACGAGCCCUCCACCUCCUCCGCCUCCACCACCCCGCAGCUCACCCCCACCAACAGCCUGAAGAGGGCGUCGGCGCGCCGCAAGACCGACUCUGUGUUGUACGUGUGCGGCUCGCUGCUGGCGUCCGUGGUGCUGGGCUGCGACGUCAGGGAGGCGCUGAAGAACGUGGAGGAUGGUGAGCCGCCACGGGAGGAGAAGGAGAAGAAGCGCAAGGAGGGAUUGUUUCAGCGUGCCACCAGGUUCCGACGCAGCACCUCCCCACCCGGUGCUCGCCCCCGCAAGGAGGAGGCCUCCCCUAGCCCCGCCCCCAACCUCAAUCUGGUCUCCAUGUCGGCCAUCGUGGAGUGUCAGUCCAGCAGCUGUCUCCUGCAGUCCCAGUCCAAACCCCCCCACAUGGAGACCACACCUUCUAGCCCCGCCCCCGACACCACCCAGCUGACCAACCACAACACAGGAACACGCCUGCGCAGGAAGAAAUACAGCAUCAACCACCACACUAACUCCGCCCCCAGCCUGCCUCCACCCAGCGUGCAGAAGAAGAAGUGGUGCAGCACACCUGGUCAGCAGGUGAAGUCUCACACCUGGGCUCUGCUGCGAGGACACAAGAGUUACUCCCUGGGUCACUACUCUGGAGAGAAGGCGGCACAGAACCUCAACGUGGUGUUGUCCUCCACCCAGGUGGGCGUGGCCUGCUCGCUGCUGGACAUGGACGCCGAGGGCCAGAAGCACGACUGCACCGUGCCACUGUGUCGCAUUCAGAGCUCACCUGGCCACGCCUCCGUCUUUCAGCUGGAGAAGAAGUUCCUCUCGUAGGUGCACCACCCACCUCAGGAACUUCUUCAGGGUGCACCACUCACCUCAGGAAGUUCUUCAGGGUGCACCACCCACCUCAGGAAGUUCUUCAGGGUGCACCACCCACCUGAGGAAGUUCUUCAGGGUGCACCACCCACCUGAGGAAGUUCUUCAGGGUGCACCACCCACCUGAGGAAGUUCUUCAGGGUGCACCACCCACCUGAGGAAGUUCUUCAGGGUGCACCACCCACCUGAGGAAGUUCUUCAGGGUGCACCACCCACCUGAGGAAGUUCUUCAGGGUGCACCACCCACCUGAGGAAGUUCUUCAGGGUGCACCACCCACCUGAGGAAGUUCUUCAGGGUGCACCACCCACCUGAGGAAGUUCUUCAGGGUGCACCACCCACCUGAGGUGGUUCCACAAAGUCUUCCUUCUAGAACGUGAUGAUGUAGCCCGCAUACAAAGUGUCAUGAGUGUUUGCACAAGGUGCUCACUGAGGCCUCCUAGCUGUCUCCUGGUGUCAGUGCAGCAAAUGUAAAAAGUACUUUUUGCGUAUUUGAUAUUUUUCUAGAGAGAAUUGAAGACAUUCCACAGGAAGGUGCACACCUUGGACAUCACCAAGCACACCUUGGACAUCACCAAGCACACCUUGGACAUCACCAAGCACACCUUGAACAUCACCAAGCUCACCUUUCUAAUGUGCUGGGAAUACUUAGUCUUGUCAUCCUUCCUAGUGGAGAUGUGACUCACCUGCAGCUUCAAGUCCAACAAGUCGAGAAGGAAAAGACUGACUUAGAUUUUAUUUUGAUGACUUUUUCCCACUGAAGAAUCAUGUGACUGCAGCCAACACACACACACACACACACACACAGACACACACACACACACACACACACACACACACACACACACACACACACACACACACACACACACACAGACACAGAGACACAGAGACACACAGACACAGAGACACACACACACACACACACACACACACAGACACAGAGACACAGAGACACACAGACACACAGACACACAGACACACACACACACACACACACAGACACAGAGACACAGAGACACACACACACAGAGACACACAGAGACACACAGAGACACACACACACAGACACACAGAGAGAGAGAGAAAAAUCCCAAACGUUGUAAAUACAAGUUGUGUGUUUGGGAAAUGACACGGGUGUAAAAUGUCAAACAGUCAUCACGGGAUAUGACACAGCGGGACUCGAACCCGCGCAGCAAGAUUAUGAAGCAAUACAAACAUUCCACAGUGGACAUUUUAUUCAUGUCUGAUUUGUUCUACACGAGUGAGGACGUGACUUGCACUAGUGAGGACGUGACUUGCACGAGUGAGGACGUGACUUGCACGAGUGAGGACGUGACUUGCACUAGUGAGGACGUGACUUGCACGAGUGAGGACGUG